AUGUCUUUCGCUGCGCCAAGGUUUAUAGUGCUGAAAUCCAAGGAGGAAUAUUUGGGCAUUGUCGAUGGAAAUGGAGCGGACGAUGGGUAUCUCAAAUUUUCAUCGGCAACACAAGCAAAAAGCGCGUAUGCAAAAUUUGAGGUGGAGGAGGCGGCUUCCGGACAUGGCUUGGUGCACAUAAGGAGCUGCCGAAACAACAAAUACUGGGAACGAGUCCAAAAGAAUCCGACGGGUGGAAAUUCAGACUGCCUAUACUGGAUUGCUGCAACUGCCAAAACGCGGGAGGAAGACCAAUCCAAGGGCUCCUGCACAUUGUUCAAGUUUAUCCCUGUGGACACUGCAGCAAAUACUGUCCGAAUUAUGCAUGUCCAGUCAAAAUGCCCUUUAUUCCUAGGUACUAACCGCUACGUGUUGGCGAGCAACCACUUUUCCGACGGUAGUUCGGAUGAUACCUUCACAAUCAUCAACAGGGAGACGCUGGAUUUGCCAAGGUAUCUGGCAUUCAAAGGAGAUAAUGCUCAAUAUCUUCGUCUUCGUCACAUGAACGGUCACCCAUAUUUGCAGUUUUCAUCUAGUGAUAUUAGCGACCCAAAUGUGGCAAUGGAGCUUUCCGUUAAAAAUGACGGAAUGCUCCUGAUCAAGCCCGUUUCUUCCGAUAAAUAUUGGAGGGACAGCAUGGGUUGGAUUUGGGUAGAUUCCACCAACACCAGUGAUCGAAACACUUGGUUCCGCCACUUUAAAGUUAACGACAACACGAUAGCUCUCAGCACCCUUCGCAACAAUGACUUUUGUAAGCGCCUCACAGCCGAUGGAAAGGAUGAUUGCCUUGAUGCAUGCAUCCCCACCAUUACCCAAGAAGCCCGACUUUUGGUGGAAGAGCCAGUCAUGGAAAGGCAUAUUCAGGGUAUCAAAUAUGACCUUGAUAAUCGGAGGGUGCUUGAGGAGACUGUCAUGGUUAUGUGCGCGAAUACUCACAAAAACAAUACCUCCCAUUCACAGUUUUAUGAAGUGAAAUUUUCUCUUCAAAAUACUGCCACUCGCACUUGGAAGGAUAAUCUUUCACUCAAGCCAGGACUGAAAGCCACCUUUGAUGUCCAACUUCCAUUAUUGGUUGAUGGGAAGACUAAACUAUCAACGGAACUUCAUGCAGGAUACGAGUUUGGAAAGACCUAUACCAAUACCUCUAAAAUGGAAUUCACCCACAAAGCUGAGGUGUCUCCCAUGAGUAAGAUGACCGCAAAUCUGGUUUCAACACUUGGUAAGUACGAUAUUCCCUUCACCUACAUGCAAAAGGACACUCUUUAUAAUGGGAAAACUGUCAAAUAUGAUGCGCAAGACGGCACUUACACCGGUUCUAAUUUCUACAACACCAGACUCGAAAUCAAAGAAGUGCCGCUCAGCUCUUGA